CUCCUGUGUGGACAUUUCCGGAAUACACUGGGAUGAUGACAUUGACUGCUGUAGUUUUACCUUUCCUCUUGUGCAUAUCGAUAUUGUCACAGGGGUAUUUGACAGAGGCUUCAGGAAUUGCAGAUGAACUGCAGAAGAUUCAGGGCGGAUUUUCAGGGAGAGCUGGGAUAGCACAGCCUAUCGAUGACAAAAUUGCAAGGAGCAGACGGGCUGCAGAUGAACUGCAGAAGAAUAGGGGCGAAUUUUCAGGGAGAGCUGGGAUAGCACAGCCUAUCGAUGACAAAAUUGCAAGGAGCAGACGGGCUGCAGAUGAUCUGCAGAAGAUUAGGGGCGGAUUUUCAGGGAUAGCAGGGUAACACAACCUAUCGAUGACAAAAUCGCAAGGAGCAGACGAGCUGCUGAAAAAUUUUAAACGAGAAGAUUCACCAAUAGGCCACGCAUUUGACAGCCAAUUCGCAUAUCAAAAUAACAAAAGGAAUAAAUGAUUUCAUAGCUGAAA